CCUGUCGGGUUUGAGGAGAUCUCUCUUGGAGCCGGAGAGGAGAAGUUGUCCGUCUCUCUCUCUCUCUCGCGUCCUCAUCAUGGAUUCUAGGAGUCAUUCUAGGAGUCGUCGUAGGAGUCAUUGUAGGAGUCAUUCUAGGAGUCGUUGUAGGAGUCAAGGGGCCGCUGGGAUCGUCGCUCAGGUCGCGCUGCUCCUCUGCAGCGCGCGCGGGACGAGCGGAGAAGAGGUGUGCGACAGCCCGCUGGUGUCCAAUCUGCCGCCGGCGUCCUUCAGAAGCUCCUCCCAGCUGUCCGCCAGUCACGCGCCGAGCUUCGCCAAGCUCAACAGGAGGGACGGCGCCGGAGGCUGGUCUCCUCUCACCUCGGACGGGUAUCAGUGGCUGGAGGUCGACCUCGGCCAGCGGACCAAGAUCGCCGCCGUCGCCACGCAGGGCCGCUACGGCAGCUCUGAUUGGCUGACGUCGUACCUGCUGAUGUUCAGCGACACGGGGCACAACUGGAAACAGCACCGGCAGGAGGACAGCAUCGGGUCUUUCCCAGGUAACAGUAACGCAGACAGCGUGGUUCAGUACAAACUGCAGCAGCCGGCCGUCGCUCGCUUCCUGCGCCUCCUCCCUCUGCACUGGAACCCCAGCGGGAGGAUGGGACUGCGGCUGGAGGCCUACGGGUGUCCUCACACCUCCCAUGUCCUGGGUUUGGACGGCAGCAGCGGCCUGCUGUACAGACCGAGCCCGGGGACACGGGGGUCGGUCAGAGAGGUCGUCACCCUGCAGUUUAAAACCCUGAGGAACUCCGGGACGCUGCUGCGCGCGGAGGGCGGGGGGGGGGGACUCGGCCUCGGCCUGGAGCUGGAGAGAGGGAGGCUGCUGCUGCUCACACGAGGUCCUCCCUCCUCGGAGCCCCGGCGCGUCGCCUCCCUCGGCAGCCUGCUGGACGAUCAGCAGUGGCACCGCUUGGCGGUGGAGCGGCGCGGCUCUCAGCUCAACGUCACGGUGGACGAACACGCGGAGCGCCUUCGGCUGCCGGCGGAGUUCGCCGGCUGGGAGGCGGAGCAGCUGAGCGUGGGGACGGUGCCGAGCCGCGGAUCUCAGAGCCCAGAUGUCUCCAAGGGGAACUUUCACGGCUGCUUGGAAAACCUCAAGUUCAACAGCGUCAACGUGGUAGAAUUAGCUAAAAACGGAGAUCUCCGAGUCGCUGUGAGGGGCAACGUGACCUUUUCCUGCGCUGAGUCGGUUUCCGUCGCCGUGACGUUCCCGGGCCCCCGGAGCUUCCUCCGGUUGCCGGGGGCGACACCGUCCUCGUCGGGGGGCGUGUCCGUCGGGUUCCAGAUCAGGACGUGGAACAAGGCGGGGCUUCUGCUCACCUUUGACCUGCCUCAGCAGGGGGGCGUGGUCUGGUUGUACCUGAGCGAGGCCAGACUGCGGCUGCAGAUCCAUAAAGCCGGCAGGGCGCUGCUGGAGCUCAGUGCAGGUUCCGCCCUGAAUGACGGCCAGUGGCAUUCGGUGGCGCUGACCUCCAGCCGAGGUCGUCUGAGCAUCGGUGUGGACGGAGAGGGAGGAGGCAGCGCCCAAGCCGCUCCCCCGUACGCUGUCGCCGUGGAAAGUCACCUGUUCUUCGGUGGUUGUCCUGCCGAAGACAACGAGCCGAGGUGCAGAAACCCCUUCAACGUCUUCCUGGGCUGCAUGCGUCUCCUGUCGCUGAACCACCUCAUGGUGGACCUCAUGAUGGUGCAGAAGAAGCAGCUGGGGAUCUUCAGCCACCUGCAGAUCGACAUGUGUGGGAUCAUCGACAGGUGCUCGCCCAGUCGCUGUGAACACGGCGGCCGCUGCACUCAGUCCUGGACCGCCUUCCGCUGUAACUGCUCGGCCAGCGGCUACAGCGGAGCGACCUGCCACAGCUCUGUGUACGAACAGUCCUGUGAGGCGUACAAACACAACGGCAACACGUCGGGACACUUUUAUAUCGACGUGGACGGCAGCGGACCAAUCAGACCGCAGCUGGUCUACUGCAACAUGACAGAGGAGAACACGUGGAUGGAGAUCCAGCACAACAACACGGAGGUGACCAGAGUCCGGCCGUCUCCGGGUGCACGCCAGCGUUCGCUCCACUUUGACUACUCCACUGGAGACGAGCAGCUAUCGGCCGCCAUCGGCCAAUCGGAGCACUGCGAACAGGAGCUGUCCUACCGCUGCAGGAAGUCCCGCCUCCUCAACACACCAGAGGGCUCUCCGUUCAGCUGGUGGCUCGGGGGUCCCGGUCCCGGUCGGGUCCAGACCUACUGGGGCGGCGCUCAGCCGGGCAGCCGGCAGUGUGCGUGCGGCCUGCGGGGCGACUGCGUGGACCCACAGCACUACUGCAACUGUGACGCCGACCGCACGGAGUGGGCUGAGGACUCGGGCCUGAUCACCCAUAAGGAGAGCCUCCCCGUCAGGUCACUGGUGCUGGGUGACGUCCAGAGGCCGGAGUCGGAGGCCGCCUACCGGGUGGGGCCGCUCCGUUGCCACGGAGACAGGAACUUCUGGAACGCGGCGUUCUUCGACAAGGAGACGUCGUACCUCCACUUCCCCACCUUCCACGGAGAGCUGAGCGCAGACAUCUCCUUCCUGUUCAAAACCACGGCCUCCUCCGGGGUCUUCCUGGAGAACCUGGGCAUCAAAGACUUCAUCCGGAUCGAACUGAGCUCCUCCACCCGGGUGGUGUUCUCCCUGGACGUCGGCGACGGCCCGCUGGAGGUCCGCGUGGAGUCGAGCGUCCCCCUGAACGACGACCGGUGGCAUCGCGUCCGGGCCGAGCGCAACGUCAGGGAGGCGUCGCUCCGCCUGGACGCGCUUCCGGCGGCCAGGCGGGGGGCCCCCGCCGACGGACACCUCCACCUGCAGCUCAACAGCCAGCUGUUCAUAGGAGGCACGGCGUCCAGGCAGAAGGGCUUCCGGGGCUGCAUCCGCGCCCUGCAGCUGAACGGCGUCACGCUGGACCUGGAGGAGAGGGCGAGGAUCACGCCGGGGGUUCGGGCCGGCUGCCCGGGUCACUGCGGCAGCUACGGGUCGCUGUGCCGCAACCGGGGCCGCUGCGCCGAGAGGGCCAACGGCUUCCUGUGCGACUGCGGCCUGUCGGCGCACACCGGAGCCUUCUGCCACACAGAGGUGUCGGCCAGCUUCAAGUCGGGGACCACCGUCAGCUACACCUUCAAGGAGCCGCACGAGUCAGGACGGAACAGCAGCGCCCGGCCCUCCUCCGUCCACUCCGACACCACCCUGAGAGGAGAGGACGUCUCCCUGAGCUUCAGGACCAACCAGAGUCCGGCUCUGCUGCUCUACGUCAGCUCGCGCCACGGGGAGUCCCUGGCCCUGCUCAUCAACAAGCACGACAAGCUGGAGGUGAGGUACAAGCUGGACGGCCGCCGGGGCGCCGAGGUGCUGAGGAGCGCCGCGAGGAGCCUGGCGGACGGACGUCUCCACGCCGUCUCCGUCAGGAGGCGGGCCGACGGCGUGUCCCUGCAGAUUGACCAACAUGCCAGAGAAGACUUCAACCUGACGUCCGAUGGGGAGUUAAACGGCAUCAAGUCGCUGGUGUUGGGCAGAGUGCACGGGUCGGAGGACGUGGACCCGGAGCUGUCCCGCUUGGCGUCUCUGGGUUUUACCGGCUGUCUCUCGGUGGUUCGCUUUAACUCCGUCAGCCCUCUGAAAGCCGCUCUGCUCCACCCGCACAGCAGCCCCGUCGUCAUCACGGGACCUCUGGUCCAGUCCACCUGCGGCUCCUCGGCGUCGGCCAAUCCGCGCGCAGCGGAGGACACGCACCACCUGUCAGACCAGUCUGGUUCAGUGGGUUCAGGUCAGCCUUUAGUCAAGUCCAUCAGGACCGGCUCGGCUCUGAUUGGAGGUGUCAUAGCGGUGGCCAUCUUCCUGAUCGCCAGCGGUCUGGCGCUAACCGCCCGGUUCCUGUACCGCCGGAGAGAGACGCACGGGAACCAGGAAGCCGGGGGAGUCAAACGGGAGGACAGCGGAGAUUUCACUUUCACCAGCCAGAGGGACUCAAGGAGCGUCUCCACCGAAAACCCAAAGGAGUACUUCAUCUGAGCGACGAGCCCGUGAAACACGCCUGGGACGCCACGGCGCGGACGCCGCGCCUGGGACGCCGCGGCGCCCUCACACACUCGGCUGGCCGAGGUGGCGCAGCAGCAAAUCGAGGCGACGAAAAAAAAACACAAAUCGCACGGUUGAGUCUGCUGAUGCUUUGCUGUGAGUCGUGAACGUACUGGAAACAAACGGUGCAAACUUAUGAGGUGUUGAUGUCCUGUUUUCAACUGUAAGUUAAAAAAAAAAAAAAAAAGUAAGUGUGCAAUUAAUGUCUUUGUAACGAUAUUCAGAAAUGAAAGCAAAUGAAGCAGGUGUCGGUGUGUUUAUGGUGUGCGGGUAAGACAGCGUCCGUAGAAAGUUUCAUACCUGCGGGGUCAUCACGCUUCCCCCUGUACACCUAUUCAUCCUCAGCCCAUUUAUUCCUCGUUCAAACGUCCCUCCUGCCUUUUAAAUCACUCUUUGGUGGGAAAAACAUUCAGCAGUCGAAUAUGUUCAUGAAAAAUCCCCAUUUUGACCAGCUGAGACAUCACAGCUACACAUCAGUGUGACAUCAAACAGCAAUGAGGAAACGAUGUGAAAGCGGGUUUGAUGAAGAGGGACACAAACGGAUGAUAAUGUUACUUUGUAACAGCUCAAUGACAUUAAGAUCGCUACGGUUGUGGGUGACCAUCGAUGUGUUGGAGAAACAUUUAUACAUUCAUGAUGAUCAGUGAUAUAGAAAUUACAAUCAGACAGCUUGAACCAGAAGAUGUUUAGAAAAGAUCACGUGAAAACAACCACCACGUUUAGGACAUUCCAUCCAAAGACCUCUGAGACAAUGCAUCCCAUAAUAGACCCUUUUGAUACAGCGCAGGGGACCUUUUCUAAAUCCUCAUGCAUAACCGGCAGUUUGGGAUUCAGUGCAGCCGACUUGACUUCCCCUCUUCUCACGUGAAAGCGACCUUUAACCUUCUCGUGGCUCGAACUGAACUUUGUUCUUUGCUCUCAUCCUCCCGCCCCUCCAACUCUCCUCUGAGCGUCGUGGCUUCGCCCCGGAAAACCUAACCUGUGUUUUGGACGGGAUCGUGGUUGAAAACAGGGGUUUUUCCAUGGAUCCACGUUGGUACUCGAGGACCAGCGUCUGUCACAGAUGAAACGACUCUCUUAUUUGAUGGUUCCUAGUGUUGGUGAAUAACAGUGAUGUCAGUGAGGUGCAGAAAUAAAUCUCCACCGGGUUUUUGAUUCUGGUUGUUUGGUUACAGACAAAAUGUUUGAAUAGAAUAAAGUGUUUUUUCCAGAUGUGA